UAGUUUGCAGCUUGGAUUAUCGUGCUUUAAAAACCUGUGGGGCCAUGCCGCGUCUUUCCCGUUGGGAUCCUGUGAGUCUAGGCCGCCUUUUCAGUAAGUGCUAGGGCUGCAUUGUGGAGGCAGCUGAGGUCACGCGGGGAAGAAGGUGCCUGUGAGGGGCGUACCCUCUGCCAUGAAGAAGAUUUUUGGCUUCAGGAGUAAGGGCCCAUCGCCCUUAGGCCCCUCUGCCCGCCCGCGCAGCAACUGCGUGGGCUUUGGACGUGAGAGUGCUAGUGGCUCCCACGUGCCUAGGUACCACAUUCACGACAAGGAUAUGGGCAAGAUCCACAAGGCUGCAAGCGUGGGUGAUGUAGCCAAAGUGCAGCAUAUCCUUAUCCUUGGGAAAAGUGGCGUGAACGAUAGAGACAAGAAGGACAGGACCGCUCUACAUCUUGCCUGUGCUUACGGCCACCCAGAAGUGGUGACUCUCUUGGUAGAGAGAAAAUGUGAGAUAGACGCCCGUGACGGCGAGAACAGCACAGCCCUCAUUAAGGCCGUACAGUGCCAGGAAGAAGAGUGUGCAGCUAUCCUGCUGGAUCACGGUGCCGACCCAAAUGUGAUGGACAGCAGCGGCAGCACCGCCCUCCACUAUGCCGUCUACAGCGAGAACACAUCCAUGGCAGCCAAACUGCUCGCACAUGGUGCAAAUAUAGAAGCCAAAAACAAGGAUGACCUAACACCUAUGUUACUUGCUGUAAAGGAAAAUAAACAGCAUAUUGUGGAAUUUUUAGUGAAGAAGAAAACAAGUAUUCAUGCAGGCGAUCAGCUUGGAAGCAACAGGCAAAUAUUUGAAUAUGAUGGAAAAAGACUAAAAAAUUCUGAAAAUAGCAACCAAGUGGAUAAUGGUUCUGAAGAUGGCUCUUUAACCAGGUCUUCUAACACACCUGACCCUGCUGACUCCUGGCCGACAUCAGAUGAGGAUGACUAUAACUUUGGCGACACCAAGAAUGUCCCCAAAAUUAAUUUAACGGAGUUGUGGACAGCUGCUCAGCAGUCUAAGAAAAACCAAACAAAAUGUGGCUUUGAGGAAGUAGACAAUAGAGCCCUGUUUGACGAUAGCAAUUCCACUAGUGAAAAUGAAGAUGCCAUUGAGAUUGAGCCUGCAUCGUCGGUCAGAGUCCAGACCCUCUCCCCAUCCUGCCAGUCACUUGACCCCGGGGAAGGAGCAACUGAGCCAGCAAUUGAAGGAGAAGAAAACGGUGCUGAUAUUAUUGAGAGCACGCCACAGCAGCAACCAAAGCAGGACAAUUUAACCCAUGCUGAUGCUUGGCACAGAAGUAAUAAAAGUGAAAUGAUGUCUGCAUUAGGAUUAGGAGAAGAUGACGAUGAAGACUCACCUUGGGAUUCUGAGAGUAUUUCCGAGAGUGCCUCGCUGAGAGAAGGAAGUCACUUAGCCGAGACUGCAGAUCAAACAGGGAAAAGGAAAGUACACGGGCAGAUAGAAGAUGUGACUUAUAUACCUUCUUGCAUGAGUGGAUCAAGAAACUUUAAGAUGGCUAAACUAGAGGAGUCAAGAAAUGUAGGCAUUCCAGUAGCCCACAUGGAGGCCCCCAGGAAAUAUGCAGUCAUGGAGCCUACCAUCGAAAGGAGGGCUCCUGUUCUGAACAAAACAGAGACAGUGAGAAUGAAGGAUGCACAAACUGUCAAAUCAGAGCCAGAAACAGUAUCAAGAGAAGAACAGACAAGGCUCAGUGGCCGUGAGGACAGCCAGCAGACGGUUGAAGAAAAGAGAAAGUACAAAAAUAAGGAAGCAGAACUGUCAGGAAAUCUAUAUAGCGGUGCUGCUGACAGUGGUGCUGAUGUAAAACCACCGAGUGGAGACACGGACAACCAGCAGUUUCCCAGGAAGGGGAGUGAGGGGCCUGGCAGUGGUCCUGCCUUGCUUAUGAAAGAAGUGAAGAAAAAGGAAAAUGAAAACUGGGUAUUCAAAGAGUCUGCUAGGAUGGCAGUGACUAAGAGUGCUGACUUACCCACUGGUGGCUCACUACAGUCACAGGAUGGCUCCCACUGGAGUGACACGGACCAGAGUGAACCCAGGCCCACAAAGAAAACAUCUAAUAAAAAUAACAAGGACAGCAAGCAGACAGCUGCUGUGGACAACCUUGAUGACUUUACUGAGUCAUCUGAAACAGCCUCUGAGGACCAUGAACUGCAGGCCCCUGAUUACGAGAGCAUUUUGUGUGAAAUCGAGCAUCUCAGACUGGAGUGUAAAGAUACCGUUAGUCUGUUGAAAAUCCGGGAUGCCAUUUAUUCAUAUAGGAGAAUAAUAGAACUUAAAAGAAGCCACUGUGAACUACUUACAGGAAAACUGAAAAGAAUGGAAAAUAAAUGCAAAGGGUUACAGAAGGAGGUGUCAGAGACAGAAGAGGUGAAGUCACGGUUGGAGCAUGCAAAGGUCGGAUGGGAACAGGAGCUCUGCCGGCUGAGAUUUGCACUGAAACAAGAGGAAGAGAAGAGGAGAAGCGCAGAUGAGCUUUCUGAGAGAACCGUGGAGCAGCUCAGGAAGAAAGCCCAGCAGGUGCAGAGUGAGAUGGAGGCCAGGCAGCAGCUAGAGGCCUCUCUCCGAACCCUGGAGAUGGAGCUGAGGACAGCGAGAAGCCAUCUCAGCCAGGCUUUAGAGGAACGAAAUGAGACUCAGAGGCAGCUUUCCCGAGAACAGAAUGCCAGAAUGUUACAAGACGGGAUUCUCGCAAAUCACCUCUGCAAGCAAAAGGAGAUAGAGAUGACGCAGAAGAAAAUGACUUCUGAGGUUUCUGUUAGUCAUGAAAAAGAAAAAGAUUUAUUGCAUAAAAACCAGAGGCUGCAAGAUGAAGUUGCCAUGUUAAGACUGGAAAUGGACACAAUAAAAAACCAUAGUCAGGAGAAGGAAAAGAAAUAUCUUGAGGACAUUAAGAUUGCAAAUGAGAAGAAUGAUAACCUUCAAAGGAUGAUGAAGCUGAAUGAGGAGACACUUACGAACACAAUAUUCCAGUACAGUGGGCAGCUGAAUAGUCUUAAAGCCGAGAACACAGUGCUGAGUUCUAAGCUGGACAGCGAGAAACAAAAUAAGGAGAGAUUGGAAACAGAUGUUGAGUCGUUUCGGUCUAGACUAGCUUCUGCCCUGCAUGAUCAUGCUGAAAUUCAGACAGCAAAAAGAGACCUAGAAACUGCUUUCCAGAGAGCAAAAGAUGAGUGGUGUCGUUUGAAAGACAAGAUGGGUUUUGAUAUGUCUAACCUCCGAGAUCACAAUGAGGUUCUCUCCCAACAGCUUUCUAAGACAGAAAGAAAAUUGAAUAGCCUAGAAACCGAGUUUCAUCACACAAAAGAUGAGCUCAGAGAGAAGACGCUGGCUUUAAAGACUGCGCAGAGAGACCUCAGCCAGACCCAGUGCCAGAUGAAGGAGGUGGAGCUCAUGUUUCAGGAUGAGCAGGGGAAAGUAAGUAAAUACAUGGGGAAGCAGGAGUCCAUCGAGGAGAGGCUGGCGCAGCUGCAGAGCGAGAACUCCCUGCUCCGGCAGCAGCUCGACGAUGCCGCCAGCAAGGCCGACAGCAAAGACAAGACAAUAGUGAACAUCCAAGACCAGUUCCAGGAUGUGCUGAACAGAUUCCAAGCCGAGAGUCAGAAGCACAGCCUGAGGCUAGAAGACAGAAAUCAGGAGCUAAUCAGCGAGUGCAGCCAUCUGAAAGAAAGAAUGUGCCAGUACGAGAACGAUAAAGCAGAGAGAGAAGUAGUUGUGAGGCAACUCCAGCAAGAACUGGCUGAUACCCUAAAAAAGCAGUCGAUGUCAGAGGCUUCGCUAGAAGUUUCCUCCCGUUACCGCAGCAAUUUAGAAGAAGAGGCACGAGACUUAAAGAUGAAACUAGGUCAGAUCAGAAGUCAGUUGCAGGAGGCGCAGGAUCAACACAGAGACGCUGUGCAGCGCGCUGAGAGGAUGGAAGGACACCUACAAAAGCUUGAACUUGAAAAUUCCAAGUUCAAAAUUACAAUAAAAAAGCAAUCAGAGGAAAUUGAACAACUUCAGGAAAACCUGUCAAGUGUGAAUUUGUCUGAAGAGGAUAAGGAAAAACUGCAAAAGCUUAUGGAGUUGAAAGAGUCUCUGGAAUAUACUUUGGAUCAAGAACAGAAGAGAAGUGGUGCAUUAGAAAAGGAACUGACAGAAUUUAAGGAAGUCUUAAAAAUGACUAAAAAAGAAUUAAAUGAAUAUGAAAACAGAGAACUUAAUCUUCAUCAAGAUAUAAAAAACAAUCAACUUGAAAUGGAUAUCCCAGUUAAUACACUAAUAAAAAAGAUUGAUGAUCUUACAGCAAAACUGGAAACUGCAUCUUCAAAGUGUCUACAUCUGGGUAAAAAAAAUCAGCUGCUUCAGCAGGAAUUACUAUUGAUGAGAACUAUUCAGAAGAAGUGUGGGAAACUAGAGAAGAGUAAAAAGCAACUGGAGCAGGAGGUGGUGAACCUCAGGAGUCUCAUGGAAAAGAGCGUGGUGGAGCACAGUCAAGUGCAGCAGUAUGCGCAGGAGGUUGAAGAGCGCGCGAGGCAGGACUUGGUGGAAAAGUUAAAACAGGUCAACCUCUUCUUGCAGGCUCAAGCCGCAUCCCAGGAAAACUUGGAGCAGUUAAGAGAGAACAGUAACGCUUCGGUUAGAAGUCAGAUGGAGCUCAGGAUUAAAGACCUGGAAUCCCAGCUCUACAAAAUGAAAGCCCAGGAAGACUUCGAUAAAAUAGAACUAGAAAAGUAUAAGCAACUCUACCAGGAAGAGUUCAGGGUUAGAAAAUCGUUGUCAAGUAAACUAAACAAGACGAGUGAGAAACUGGAGGAGGCCAGCACCAAGCUGCUCCUGGAGGAGCAGCAGAAUAGGGCUUUGCUGCAUGCUCUGAGUGCAAGGCCUGCUGUGGAGUGUCCUUGUAUUGGAGGUCUUCACAAGAGUACGGUGUUCAGCAGAGCUCUGCUUCCAAGAGAAAACACAGUGGUCCCUACCUCAGGCCUACCGCCGACAAGUAAAAGACUGGAGAUCUAUCUGACCAAGAUGCAUCAAGAGUUGGAAAAAAGUAUAAAUAGAGAACUUAAAGAAGCUACUGCUGAACUUGAAUCUGAGUUCUGCAGAGUUUCUCCCCUUGGAUCUGCUACUAAACCAACCCAAGAUCUACUCUCAGAAGCAUCACAAGAAUAUAUAGACAUUUUAAAGAAAAAAUACAUGAUCUGCUGAAUUUAAAAAGAGAAAAAGGAAGAAAAGGCAUGAAAGUAGAAAUGGGACUGUUGGGGAGAAGGACCGAAGGAAGAGAGGACCAGAGAAGAUAAAGGGGCAUGCGCCGUGAGUGUCUGAAAUGUCUCAGAGGCCUGGGUGUGGUGGCAUGUGUCUCUGACUACCAGCAGAAGCAGGUAGAUCCCCGAAUUUAAGGACAGUCAGAGCUACGUGGCUCACAUAGAAAAAUAAAUUAGAAUGAAGCCUACUGUUUUGUACAAAUAAUACACAUUAAUAUAUAUGAUCUAAAAUACAGCAUUGUGGGCUGGAGAGGUGGCUCAGCCGUUAAGAGCACUAGUGGCUCUUCCAGAAGCCCUGAGUUCAAUUCCCAGCAACCACAAGGUGGUUCUCGACGGUCUAUAAUGUGAUCUGGUAUCCUUUCCUGGCAUGCAGGGUUAUGUGCAGAUAGAGCUCAUAUACAUAAAAUAAAUAAAUCUUUUAAAAAAGAAAACAAAGAUAUAAACAUUAAAAUAAAAUAAAACAUUGUAUUUAUUAGACUGUCUAUAUAUUUUAAUUGUAUUAACUGUAUGACUUGAAAACACAAGUAAGAAAAACUUUUUUGUCAUAUGUAUUAGAAAUUAAUAUAUUUACCUGGUGUUUUUUGGUGGUCCUAAGCAGAUUUUGCAAGUAUUAUUAAGCCAGUAUUACAAACUUUCACAUACGAAAAUACCCUAAAGCAAGUUGUUUAAACAACCAAGUCAUCAUGAGUACUUUGGUGGGAUUAAAUAUCAUCUUUAGUUUUCUGUUUUUAUCACUAUGCAUGAGCCAAAAGAUUUAGCCAGACAUCAGUUCAGGAUGCUGCUGCCUUCACCACCAUUACUGUUUUCAUGUUUCCCAGCUAUAGUAUCACCAUCAAACUUAACUUUAAUUGUAAGCUCUGAUAAUUGUAAGUUCUUGAUCCUGUGGAAAAGCACAGUUACCUAAGGCUUCCACCUCUUCUGUUUAUUCAUUUGCUUGGUUCACCCUUGAUAUUUUUUUGAAGUCAUAAAAGUAGGGAGAAGUUCAAAUAAUUCUACCUCACUCUCCUGAACCAUUGAGAAAGCCUUGCUGCUGUCCCUUGUCAUCCUUGACUAUUUCAGUAUUUGUUGCAGUUAACAACACUAAGUAACUGUAGUGUUGCCUGUAUGUUAAGAAGGCGAACACUAAUAGAUCCUGAAGUUUAAUCCUGAGAUUCCUUUCCAGUUUGACUUCUUACCUACAGUGUCCUUUAAUAAAGACUGGUCCGAUUCAGACCGAUGGGUCCCAGUUACUGAAGUUCUUAGACUCCUUCAAUCUGGAACAUUGUUCAGUCUUUCUUUGACUUUCAUGACCUUAAAUCUUCAAGGAACAAUUCAUGCAGUAUGUCCUUCAAUUGAACUUUCUGUUUCAUUAUGAUUAAGUCAUGCAUUCUUGGCAAAAGUAUUACAGAAGUAAUUUUUCUCAUUUAAUCCUCUUAUGUGAUCUACAAUAUAGAUUUUCUCUGUUAUUAUGAUGUUGAUAUUGAUCACUUUUCCUUUAUAUAUUUACUUUUGUAAUAGUUGUUUUGUGGAGAGAUAAUUUGUGACUGUAAAUAUCUGUUUCUUAUCAAAUGUACAAUAUAUUCAUUUACUAGUAUUCAUGUAGAUUAAUGGUUCUUCAUUGUAUUAAUGAGAUAUGUU